AUGAUGCUUUCAUUCGUUUACAAGGUAGAAGAUCUUAAUUAGUGUCAGUUGAAACAAGUUGAGACUUUGAUUGAGAAUCUUGAAACUAUUAAAAGCGAGAACUAUAUUUUCUUUCCAUAAAGCUUAAUAAUUCAAAAACAGCAGAAUCAAUAUGAAUUUACAUUUACCGAAGAAAAUUUAUCCGCUCUUACUUAAGUUGGAAAGGAUACACUCUAAAUAUAGGAUUAGCCAAUUUAUCUUUCAAAGCACCUUUUAAAGUUAUUUAAUAGACUUUCACAAUUAAAAAUUUAUAUACCAACUUUAAGCUAAGAGAGUUUUAUGCCGCUUUAUGAGGCUUUGGAAACGAGUCUAAAAGCUAACCAAAACAGAUAUAUAUAUAUAUAGAGAUGUCUGCUGUAUAAUUUUGGUUUAGACAAAUUGGAUUAAAAUUCAUCAGGAAUUGCAAAUAAUCAUUGCCUACCCCCAGAAUUGAUCUAUUAAAUCAAAAAAGAAAGCAAAACUAUAAAAUUUGAUGAAAAAAUGGCCAUCUUUAAUCUAGGAUGCAUACUAUUUGAGAUGUUCACAAAAUAAAAAAUGUAUGAAAGAACAAAUAGUUUUGAAGAAUAAGGUAAAUAUAACUUAACAAAAUACAUCUUUAAACCAGGAUAUAAAUAUUUAAACUUUUUAUUUGGAUAACUGGUCUAAAAAUGCACUCUGGAAGAAGAAACUGAAUCGAAUAAGAGGUUCACUAUUAAAGAAGCUUUGUCCUAAAUUCUGUAUAUUCAAUAAUGCGAAUAAUAUAUUAAAAGUGCUGAGAAGGAGUAGCAAAUCAUAAAAAUUGAUGACUUUUUUUCUCAAACAUCUAGUUUACAUAAUAGAUUAGUUGAAGGAUUACAAAUUAAAGGAAAUCAUCAACUCACCGGCAGAAUAUAUAUUUUAUAAAAUUUGAUGAGAAUGAAGUUUGUUUUCUUACUCUUCUAGAAGGAAGAGCUUGAAUGUUUUAGAGAUUUUCUUAUAAUGAAACUCAUAGUAUAAGAACUCUAAGGAAUCAAAGAACUUGAAAAACAUUCAGAAAAUCAAUCUCACAUCCUAAAUUUCAAGGAUUCUGUAGAUGAAAUUACAGAAUUUUACACUCUUUAUUCCUCUAAAUAUGAGAAACUUCUAUUUUAGUUAAUAUUAGGAAUUGAAAAAAAAGUGUACCUUGAAAAGUAAAGAAAGCAUUUUAAAUAAUAAUUUCGGUCGAGUAAGGUAUAAGAUUUUUAGAAAAAUUUUCAUGCUGAUUUAUUUUAAGAAAAGACUCCAAGUUAAUAAUUACUUAAAUUAUGCUUAUAAAAUCUCAAUACUAUAUUCCUGAAGGAUCAAUUGCUAUUGAAUUUCAGACCAAUAUCUAAGUAAUUGAUGGAUGGUAAUCCUUAUGAAAUUUACGAUACGUUACUAAAAAUAUUAUUCGGAAAUGAAAUCUAAUAAAACAAAAUUUAAGAGCUUAUUUAGACAAUAAAUUUUUGA